AUGAAGCUCAUUAUAGCUGGCGCGACCGGACUGCUGGGAACCGAGAUCGUGAGACAAAGCUUGCAAAUGCGUGAGAUCACUCAGGUUGUUGCUUUGGCUCCCAGGCCCGUGCAACUCGAUAAAGAAAUCGACUCAUCAAAGCUAAGGAAUGUUGUUAUUCGCGACUAUGGUGAAUAUCCUAAUAAUGUGAAGGCCGAGUUUACUGGGGCCGACGCUUGUAUCUGGACUGUUGCCGUCACACCAUUCCGCACUGGCAGCUCUGACUCUACUGAGGUUAAGCGUAUCUGCCAGGAUUGCACGAAACUGGGGUUUGAGGCGAUGUACGAGGCUGGACCGGCGUGUCCCUUUCGCUUCAUAUAUCUGAGUGUGCAGGGAACACCCCGAGACCCAGCAGAGAGGCCAAUAAUAAUGGCCGACUACCAGAUCAUGCGGUGCAAUACAGAGCUCAUGGUCCUCAAGUUCCCUUCAGAGAAAGAGGGUAUCGAGGUCUGCAUUGCUCAGCCUGGCGUAAUCUCGAGCUCCACUACUUGGUCACGAGCCUUAGUAGCGAACCUUUUCCGUAUCCUGAACCUUUUCGGAAGGCCCCUUCCGAACGUACAACGGAAUGAGCUUGCAGCGGCAGUUCUCAGCCAGGUCAUGGAUGGUUUCGAGAAGGAGACUCUCUUGAAUGCUGAUCUAGUUCGAAUUGGGCGAAGGGAGCUGAAGUUUCGCAGUAUGCCUCAGGUGUGA